AUGAGGAAUAAAACUAAUUAUACACCUUCGUCUGUUUCUAUUGUACGGGAAUUACCUCAAAGUGGUAAGAGUAUUGUUUCCCUUUACACAACAACAAUUACUACUACUACAGCAGUAAAAAGUGAUGAGGAGGAUUGGAUGCCUAUUCGCAUUCAUGUCUCUUCUGACGAAUUGGAUAGAGCGAUGAGGCGCUGCAGUAGUGGAGUGACUGGUUCUUCACAUAGACACUCUCCAUCAUGCCGUGGUGGAAAUGUACUCACACCUCAGAAACGAGACAUUCUGUUGAAUGAACUCCUUCCAGCAGCUAUUGCACUGCACAGUGAGCGUCUUCUCGUGGUACGAUCACGGUUUAAUUCGGUCAUCAUACAAUUUAUCUCAGAGAUGUGCUACACAUACGUUGAGCUUCCCGCAGCGUAUGAGAGUGUGGGUGUGGUUCAGGCGGACUUUGUGUUGUUUGUGUUGGCAGAGACGGUGGCGCCAUUUGUGGUGAUCUGCUCUGAGGCCGAUGAUGGGCGGCCGACGUCUGCGGCGAUGAACUUUGCACCCGCAGACAUUGUCAACACACGACUGUUCACUCGCAUCAUUGCACACAAUUUGGCCCACGCCCUCGGGUUUGAUGUGAGGCGAAUAAGUGGAAUGGGAAUGACUGCAAGAAGUGGAAUAACAACUACUACAGCAGAGGAGAGGGUGAUGUUUACAGUGAACUCUCACAGUACUGUUGAGGCGGCGAAAUGGCACUACGGCUGCUCGAGUCUACGUGAAAUGAGACUUGAUCACAACAUGGCUGUUGGGGUGAGUUCACACUGGGAUGGGUACAUUGCAAAGGAUGAAUUGAUGAGUCCAUACACUACUGGGGAACCCUCUGGUAUGUUUUACACCAUACUGACACUCUCUCUGUUUGAGGAUAUGAAAUUCUACCGGGCCAACUACAUCAUGGCAGAGACAAUGCGAUGGGGCAACCACUCUGGAUGUGGUUUUCUCAGUGGUGACUGUGUAGAGAAAGAUGAGGGCAAACACUCGGAUGUGUUCUGUGAUAGUAGUAGUGUUGCUACCAGAACAACAACUCUGCAGUGCACAUCAGACCGCUUUGCACUUGGGCACUGCACUCGUAGUCUCUCCUCGCAGCCUAUUUCUGUUUUCUCUGCAGAACACCGUGAAGAGAAGAGGGAGUGUGCUGUUGUGAAAGCCACUGCAGCAACUGUGUGUGAGAACGGCAGUGAGGCCCACAUGCCUGGCAGUCGUAUCGGUAAUAUAUCACGUUGUCUGAAAGGAGAUGCACUGCGGCUGCGUGAUGUGUCUACUAUUGAUAUUCAUUCAAUCAUUGGAGAUAUAUGUGCAAAUGUGAAAUGUGAGGGUGGUAAAGUGAGUGUACAGUAUAAAGGGGAUGAUCAUUGGUAUGAAUGUAAGGAGGGCAGCAGUAUUUCACCGUCUGUUACUUCAGCCUUUAGUAGUGGCCGCAUUGUGUGUCCUCCAUACAGUGAGGUCUGCAUGGAUCUACCAAUACAACCACCACCAGUAGAAGCAGUAGUAAUGGAGGAGGUAUACAACUUUACUUCAUCCAUCAAUUUAAUUAAUAGUUGA